UCUGAAUUGCGUUGUACGGUGUUUAGACAAAGUGGUAGAAAAACAAAUAUGGCAGCCCCCAUGGAAAACAUGAAUCGUCUGGUCAAAAAGAAAGAAGAGAUUGAAGCAGACAUACAAGCGUUAUUUGAAGUUCUAAAAUCACAAAAAGGAGUUGGUAUGAAAGAACCACUGGUGGAUAAAGAUGGAUUUCCUCGUAAUGACAUUGAUAUUCAUACAGUAAGAACUGCCAGACAUGAUAUUAAUUGUUUACAGAAUGACCAUCUAGCAAUAAUGACUGAAAUUGAAGAGGAACUGUAUAAAAUCCAUGAAGUAGCAAGAGCAAACAACCCUCAAAGGGAAACCAUGGAUACAUCUGAUACUUCACAAAUGUCAGUUGAAAUGAAGGAGAGGUUAUCUCCCUUCCUGGAAGUCAAUAAAGUGGAUGAUGGAUCACCAGCCUCUACUGCACAAUUACAAGAAGGAGAUAAAAUUCUACAAUUUGGAUCUAUUACUGCAGAGAAUUUUAAGAGUUUACAAGACAUAGCAUCAGUUGUACAGCACAGUAAAGGGAAACCAUUAACAUUAACAGUAUCUAGGAGCAACACUGAUCUUCGAUUGUCUUUAACACCUAACACAUGGAGUGGAAAAGGCUUAUUAGGAUGCAAUAUUGUUCCACUAAAGAAGUCAUGACAUUAUUAGAAAGAAAAUUGGAUUUAUUUAUUAUUUGUUAUGUAAACGAUUUUGAUUAUAAUAAAUGUAUUUCAAGUCA